AUAGACGGCAGAACGAUGGGUCUCGGGUUGCUUACGCUGCCCGCUGUGCUGUUGCUGUUAUGUGGGUGGAGAGCUGAAUGUACAGCUGGCUUCAUUAAAUCUCCGAUUUCAGAAGUCGGGUUGACAGGGGAAGCUGUGGAGCUACACUGUGAAGCGAUCGGCCGCCCCAUACCAGAGAUUCAGUGGUGGUUUGAGGCAGACUACAGCAACAAUGAAAGCUUCUCCCAGCUAUGGGAUGGUGCUCGUGAAGAACGUGUGCAAAUUAAUGCCACCUAUAUCUCUCAUGCCACUAGUACUCUCUAUGUCAUAAGCUUGAUUCCUGAGGACUCUGGGACCUACGAAUGUCGGGCUAGCAAUGACCCUGACCGCAACCAUCUAACAAAGAUCCCACGCAUCAAAUGGAUCCGCUCCCAAGCCAAUGUGAUGGUCAUUGACCAUCCAGAUAUUACAACAGACACCCUGUAUUUGUCAGAGAAAACCGUGAUUCUGAGUUGUAACCUGUCUGCUAAUUCUCUUACGGUCUCCGGCCACCGUUGGCUGAAGGGCAGUAAGGUCCUUAAGGAAGAUAAGGACUCUUCUAAUACCAUGACUUACAAUGUUACAGGGUUGCCUGGUGAUGGCUCAGGACAGUACACGUGUGAAUUCUUGACUACACCUGAUGUGAAACAGGUUAUUAAUGUGUCAGUUUCACCCCAAGUGCUGCACCUAAAAGCAAGUGAGCAUGGCAAUGAGGGUGAUACAGGUGUGCUGACCUGUCAAAGCAAUUCCUUCCCACCUGUGACUGACUGGGCCUGGUACAUUAUUUCUCCUAAUGGAGUAGAGGUCAUAGGAAAUGGAAGCUCAGAUCGUUAUGUUAUAAAGUCCACAGGCAAUCAGACUGUGUUGAGGAUAAGUAAUGUGGAUAUUGAGAAGGACCAAAAAGACUACACGUGCAAUGCCACAAAUGAGCUGGGCAGUGGUGGAGAUAUAAUACAUUUCCACGUGCGAAGUCGUCUGGCUGCUCUUUGGCCCUUCUUGGGCAUUGUUGGAGAAGUAUUGGUACUAGUCACAAUAAUCUUUAUUUAUGAGAAGAGGAGAAAGCCUGAUGAGGUGUGUGAAGAUGAAGAUUCUGCAACAGGUGCUCUGAAAAGUAAUUCCGGUGCAAACAAUGACAACCUGCGCCAGAGGAAUUCAAACUGAGGUCCUAAAGGUAUUUGUAGAAGAAAAGCCUGAACUAGUUCAUGUGCUCAAAAGAUUUUUUUUUUUUUUCUCUUCUCCUUCCCUCCGUUGCCAUGUUCCCAGUGCUUCACUUUCAUCCACUGUAUGUUGCUAGCACUCGGCCUUCAGUCUGUUUUUUUUCCAUGCUUGUGGUACUGCUGUUCUAGACGCAGUCCACUUGUUGGCUUAUUAAACCUCAUUUUACUUGUCUACUGAUAUUUCAGAUGUCAUUAAAGCAUCUGCUAGGUUAAGCCAUAGAGUAUAUUUUCCACAGAUUCCAUAGUGAUGUUUGGUUGUAUUUAUAGGUCCUUGUCCUGGAGAUUUUUUUUUUGGAUUGGUUUGACUUUGUUGCGACUGUAUAUAUUAGAAGGCGGCUAUAUUGUUAGGGGGGAGGGGGUUGAUGGGGUUAAUAUUGCAGAUCUAGUCCCACAGUCAAUGUAUUAAUAUUAAAUCUAUACCUUGGAGUUCUGCAAAUGUCUAUUGGGAUUAUAAAAAUGUUUAGAGAUCAGUUAAUGUUUUUUUUUAAAAAAAAAAUUACUUAAAGAUCAGUUUAAAGUAUUUAUGUACUAUUGUUUGAGAUGUUUGAUUCAAAUAAACUUUUUUUUUUU